AGUUGAAGGGACUGAAACCUUUUUGAGCAAGCACUUCAACAUGGGUUUUCGUCAACCGAGUGUCAGUGCAGAAAUUACGUCGAAGGAGUCAAUGCCCGACCGUCGCGCGUUGGUCAGUGAUGCGUGCACCAAGGUCUCCAAUAGUGACAGCGAUACCAUUUCCUUUAGCCCGAUGGAAGACGCGGUUCUGUCGAGCGAGUUCAUGAUUUCUGCUCGCGUCAAAUGUGCGCGAUUCGUGCCACGUUGGGUAUCGAAACGUCGAUGGAUCGUGCUCCGCGGCUCCAAAUCACCGAUUCUGAGUGUAUACCGUCACGACCCACGGCGUCCCGAGGACUGCGUGCCAGUUCGGAUGCUGCUGCUUGGAGGGGAUACCAGGAUGAGAGUCGUGGGAGAGAAGCGGCUGGUGUUGGUGAGCUCCAGGGUGCGCAAGGACGACACGCUGUCACUGGAGUUCGACACUAUUGAACAGCUUCAAGCUGUCCGUGAAACUCUAAGCCAAUGGGUGGCACUUGCCGUGCUGUUGCAACGCUUGUCGAUCCACGAGAGCAUGGCAAAAAGCCCCACCUCGGCAGUCUAUCUCUGUCACGACUACGACGAUCCGAAGAAGCAGUUUGUGCUCAAGCGUGUCCAUCGGUCUCAUGGCUACAGUGAACUAAAUGUGACUGCUCGCAUCAUGGCGUUGGGUCAGGAGAACCAUGAACUGGAGCAGUAUUUGGCGCAGUACUUCUACUUGUUUGAAGAUACCAAGGCCAAGUGCGUCACCGUUGUCAUGAAGUAUUACCCUGGUGGCACACUAGCCGACAGAAUCCAUGAACGUGGGCCUCUACGCGAAGCAAUGGCUUGCAACAUUUUAGUGUCACUGUGUCGAGCGUUGCAACUACUGCAUGAAAACCAAGUGCUGCACUUGGAUGUCAAAGCUAGCAACAUCCUUUUCGAUGACGCACCGACGGGCAACUUUAGCACUUUAAAGCUUGUGGAUUUCGGUAGCGGCGCGAAUAUUGACAACUGCGACGUUGGCGAAAAAAUGAUAAAUGCUGGAACUUAUGGCUGCAUGGCUCCCGAACGUUUCGAUGGUUAUUGCGGACCGGAGGCUGACGUCUACGGUGCUGGGAUCGUUUUGUAUCACAUGCUAUCUGGUUCAAUACCAUUUUCAGGUGCAGAUCCCUACCAACUCCUGGCGCGCAAUAUGAUCGGUGAUAUUAGUUUCGAGGAGAAAAUAUGGCAGCACGUGUCACCACGACUACAAUCUCUCACUUCUAGAAUGCUCGACAAGAAUCCAAAGGAAAGAAUCACCCUCGCAGACAUACUGAGUCUAUCAUGGCUAUCCCAAGAACCAGAAUCCAUUGACUCUAUAUCACACAAUACCGAGUCCCAGUCAUCCAAUUGAAGGUCCAUUCUACCAGAUCAAAGGCACAUUCCACCGUCAAGCCCUCCAAAAUGUAAUGGAGGAGACUUUAGGUGGAUGUAGCAGUCUCGUACACUUGCAGUAGCGCAUCAUCACCGCCCGAUACUAGCCGCGUUCCUGUCGAGUUGUACGCAACACUCCAUACCUAACAAUACGAGCUAGUGAGUCCAUAUCUUGAACUUAAUACAUGAAAAUGAAUGUCCUCUA